UUUUAUUGGGAUGUAAUGGGUAUGUAUAUGUAAUUCGUAUCAUAUGGAAUGGAGUAAAAGUUUUCAAACUAAAAAUAUUCAGUGAAAAUUUUACAAUUUUAAACUAUUUAACAUUUAUCAGAAGAGCAUUAUAUAAAAAAUAUUAAAAAGUCUUUGCGUUUGUCAAUUUUUUUUUAUAAAAUUUAAGUUCAAUUUGAAUAUAAUCAAGUGAAUUAAAGUAAACAAUAUAAAAAAAAGUCGCGCAAUAAAAACUUUCGCGAAGUUUCGUUUUAACACCGAAAACUUAUUAACUUUUUUUAGAAAGAAAAAAUAGAGAAGUGAGGAAGGAGAAAUAUUUUUAGUAAAGAGCACGUAGGCAAUUCAUUUUUCAGUUUGAUUUCUUGAAGCUCUGAGGAAUAUUCUUUAUUCAAUGUUAUAUUAUAUUUAAUAUUCAAAAAUCUUUAUUAGAAACUAGAAAAAUUUAUUGGAUAUUGAAUAACAUAAAAUAAUAUCUAAUAAGCAAUUAAUAGCGAAAUAUUAAAUUUGCUUUUAAAUUUAUGAAGGUUAGUGUGAAACUAUAAAAAAACUACCUAUCCUCAAUUACCGAAUUGUGCCGGUUUUUCAAUGAUAUAAAAUUAAAACUUCGCCAUUGUUAUCUAAGCAAUAGUGUGUUUGAUCAAUUUUAUAGAUUUUUUUUUCAGUUAUUUUGACAAACAAAAUAAAAAAUAUUUCCUUGCGUAAUUCAAAAUAAAUUUCAUUGUUUCAAAAGUUAAAAAAAAAAGUAAAAUUAAAUUAAUAAGAAAAAUAUUUAAUAAAAUUUUUUACAUAAAUUUAAUUAAUAAAAUAUCCGUCAAAAUAGGGCAUAAAACACUAAAAUAUAUUUUAAAAGGCCCACUAGAGACUAGUAAAAAUAGUGAAAAAUUUUUUAGAAAAUGUCUUCCAGUAAGACAAAAACAAACUGCGGUACAUCAAAUCGCGAUCAAGAUGGAAUACCCAAAAAUUGGGAAGAUUUAGAUAUAACACCACAAGAAUUUGAUUCUAUACGUGAUGCUUUUAAGAGAGAAGAUUUUUGUAAAAUGUUUUCUGACUAUUGUAAAGAGAUGUCAGAUCCUAGUACGAGAAUGAAAUAUCAAGAAGAAAUGAAACAAUUGGAAGCUGAAAGAGGUGUUGAUAUAACAUUUUUAAAUCCAACACCACAUUUUGUAAUAAAAACUUCAUCAAAUGGUAAAAUAAAAUGCUUCAUUAAUAUCGCUUCAAACGACCAGAUAGAUAAACCAUCAAAUGAAGUUCGUUUAAAUGAAGAAACUGGUAAAAAGGAAAUUUUUUGGAGAUUACCAUAUGCGCAAGCUGAACCGCGACCAGAUUUUGAUAAUAAAAAGAAUCGUUGUGUUGUUCAUGAUGUAAUAUUUCAUCCUGAUGCUAUACAUUUAGCUGAACGUAAUUCUAUGCUAAGGCGUCACUUGGUAAAUACUGCAUGUGAUGCCGUCGAACGCGAAUUUAAAGUUCAGUUAGAUCGUACUAAUUUGAAAUUUCCUAAACUUAAAUAUAAAGGCGUACCAAAAGUAACCGUUAAGAGAAGGUUAAUGGAUCAAAAUUCCAAAGAAUAUGAAUCUAGUCCAUUGGAUGAACAUAUGCCUCCAAUGCCUGAGGUUAGAAAAGGGCAAGAAAUUCCUAAAGUUUAUAAGUCAAAAGAUGUUGAACCAGAUCAGUAUACAACCCCCAAAUAUUUAUUAAAACAUCGCCGAGAUGUUGAUAUGUCAGAAAUGACAUAUGAAUUAGACGCUAAAUUAAAUAUAACCAUUCCUAAAGAACUUGUAAUUGAAAUUGAACUUCCGCUGUUGAAAACUACGGCUGAUUGCAAUUUGGAUGUGACAGAACGCAAACUUUAUUUUAACAGUGAAAAACCGGCUAAAUACCGGUUAAAUAUUGAUUUACCAUAUCCAGUUAAAGAUCAAUUAGGUUCAGCAAAAUUUGAUAAAAGUACGAAAAAGCUCGUUGUCACUCUUCCAGUUCAUUCUGAAGCAGAAAGGUGUAUUAAAGAUCUUUAUAGAGAAGAUAGUGGCGUUGAAAGCGAUCCAAGAGAAGAAAACAGUUCUCUUGAUUCGCCAACUCGCAAAGACUCCCCAACUCCUGAAGAUUUUGGGAAAAAUAAAUCUGUACCUUUGGUAGAAGAAUUAAUAAAUUCCGAAGAUAAUUUAGAUGAAGGAUUUACAAGAUCUGAAUCAAUCACUCAAGAACAAACUAAUGACGAUUUCUUAAGAACAGAUGUUACCUAUAAUCCAGUGACUAACUUUGAUUGUAAUGCAUUGGAUAACAAUUUAGUUUUUGUAUUGCAAGUUAAAAAUGUUGAUCCACAAACAGUUGAGUUUCAGAAAUCUGAAAACUAUGUUAACUUGAAAUUCAUUUCACUAGGGGCAGGAUAUUACCCCGUCUAUUAUUCAUUUUAUUUAAAAUUAUCUAAUGAAGGUAGCGAUCACGAAAUUGAGAGUGUCGAUGCUGAGGCUUGGGAUAAUAAUGUGAUACUAACGCUAACGUUGAAUAAUUUAGAUGGUUUAUCAGAAUAUUCAGCUGGUUUGAAUGAACAUGAUUUGAAACAGUAUAACACUCCAGGAAAUUUCAACUCCUACAACAAAUUGGCUAAUAGUAGUAAUCUUAAAAGAGACGGUUUAGAGAUUAAAGCAAAUGAAAUUGAAAAUCAUAAGUUUGAUAUUGAAGUUAAACAUUGUAAUGAUUCUAAUCAAAUUGAAUUGGAGAUAAAACCCAAAACAGAAUCGAAUGAAAAUAUUGAUCUGGUAAAUGAUGAAAAAUUUGUUGACGUGGAGCAAGCUAAGCAACGAAAUGCAAAAAAAACUGCACCUUCAAAUAAUAAUCAAAAUAACAAAAAUAAAAAAAAGAAGAAUAAAAAACGUAGAUCAUAUUCGGAAUCUGCAUGUGACGAGCUUAAAGCGAAUAAUGAUGAUAUAAAAUUGAUUUCAUCUUCUUUAAUAUCGAAAUCAGAAAAAACAACGGAUAAUGAUGCAGAAGAAGCAUCUGAUGACGGUGAAAAUGAUGAAAAUAUGGAUGAACGUAAUAUUUCAAUAGUUGGUGGAAGAAAACAACGAAGCUUUUCGGAAUCUCGUAGUAUUAGUGAUUGCACACCGACAUUUAAGGGCAUUCUAAAGCACUACAGUCGUUAUGGCCGCAGUAUUUCAGAAAGUUGUUCAUCUAUUGAUGAUCAAUAUUCAUGUUCAACUGAAAAUUUACAACCAUGUGAAUCUUUUAGUGUUAUAUCUGAAGAGGGUAUUGAAGAUGAUGCAGGUGCCCUUGAAAGUGGCCAUUCACUAUCAGAAAGCUGCAAAAAGACUGUUAGAUUUAGUGAGGUUAUUCAUAAACAAUUAUUCAGAAUGGAUUCAAGCAUCUUGGGUCAACGUAAGAAAAAUCAGAAGAAAAAGAAUCAAAAAUUACGAGCUUUGAAAAGGCGUAAUAGCGAAGGCGAUACAGCUGACUAUGAUGAUAAGGCACGAUCUUUAUUAUUAGAAAAGAAGGGCCUAAAGUCAUUAAACAAUAAUGGGAAUCUUAAAUCUGACCAGCAGAAUAACCAUAAAAAUCGUACUGAAUCGGAAUCAUCCGAUAUUGAAUCGAAAAAUUCUAUGAUUUUUGAUUUAGAAAUAUAAAAUCAAAAUAAAUAAACAAAAAAAGAAAAAAAAAAUUGAUAAUAUAUUAGAAUACUAAUAUCUAUUUGGUCUACAAUGUAGUCGCUAUAUAGAAUAAAAUAUAUUUUCAUUAUCUUAUUUACUAUUACUUUAAUAUAAAAACAUAUUGUUUAAAAAAAUGAAAUUAGGUGUAGUUAUAAUUUUACAUAUUAUUAAUUUUAAAUAUUUUUGUAGGUUGUCUGUCAAAUAAUUAAAAAAAAAACAAUUGUCCAGUUAUUUUAAUUAACCUAAAAUAUUAAAAAAAUCAAUACCAGUUAAAGAAUCCAACUUACGAAUGUUUUACAAAAUCAUAAUCUUAUAACAAAAAUAAAAUUGUAUAACUUGGUCUUUUAAUUUUCCUAUGAAUUUGUUUGGUUCUCAUUUGUAAACUAUAAUUAUUUAUUUUUAAAAAAUAUUGGAAACGACUAUUGUAUUAAUUUUGAAAAUAUGUGAAAUAACUUCGGGAAGAAAUUAUUUAAAUGAAUACAUUGAACAAUUUUGUUUGUUGUUCUAUAAUUUAUGAAGUAAGAAACGAAAAUAUUGUAUAAUUUUGUUAUACGAUAAUAUAAAAAUAUUAAUAAAAACUAUAUUAAGAUUUUUGUUAUAAUAUGGUAAAUAUUACAUUCAGUGAACAUCAAAUAUUUUACCUAUAUUUUGUAAUUUAAGUUUACGUCUAUAAUUUGAAAAUAAUUACUAAAAAUUUUGCAAAAAGAAAUUUAUAGGGAUAUCCCUGAAUAUAAUUUGUAUUGCCAGAAGAAAAUUUAAUAUCAAGAAGUAAAUUUAAUAAAAUUGGCAACAAAUGUUAAAGCCUUAAUAUUUUGUAUUUAAUAAUAAAUUCAUAUUAAAAUUUUCUUAAAUUUCAUUUUUGUUUAUGUACACAUAUGUUUUUUAAAGCAAGAUAUGCAAUGUUGUUUUGCCAUUAAACAAAAAAGUAGUGGAGGCUAUUCACAAAUAAUAAAGUUUACCAUUAGUACAAAAUAUUCAAUUAUUUAACAUUUUAUUUAUGUUAAAUAAUAUUUCUAUUUUUUUGUGAUUUAGGCUCUUUACAACAACAUUUUUUGACAUUCAACAAUAUUUUUGAAACUGUACGAGAAAAACAAUAAUCAUAUCUUUAUAAAUAUGCAUGUACCUUAUAGUAAGUUUUAUUAAUGCAUUAAAACUUUUUUAUAUUCAAAUUAUUAAAAAAAACAUAUAUACAAACAUAAUUUUAAUUGAAAUUAGAAUAAUUAUUGAAUACAUAUUUAAAAAAUGAAGAUUAUAAUGUUAAAAUUAUAUACAUAUUUACACAUAUUUUGGUACCGUUUUUCU